GGGGCUGUGGCCGCCUUCCCCUCCCUCCCUUCCUUCCUCCUGCGGGGCUGCCAGGAAAAAAACAACAAAACAGAUAAAAUGGAGCCCGUGUUACUGCUAUUCAUAUGUUUCAUACCUAUAUUGGGUCUCAGUAAUGGAACAGAAACUGAACAAGAUUUUACUUGGCACUUAAAGAAGGUUCCCCAGAUCGUGAGUGAAAAAACUUUCUCCCUUGACAGCCCUAAAUUUGAAGCGAAAACCAAAUUAGAGCUGAACAGCGUGUGUGGAAUUGAAUGUCAAAGAAAACUGCCGGUGCCGAGCUUGUCUGACUUGAAGGACCUCUUGUCCUAUGAGACCGUUUUUGAAAACGGGACACGGACCCUGACUGAAGUGAAUGUCCUCGGCCUGGGGCUUGACCCAGCUGGAAACACGACCACCACGCCAAGGUCUUCGAGAAAGAAGAGGCAGAUCUACGGAACGGACAGUAGGUUCAGCAUCUACGACAAGCGGUUCAUGACCAACUUCCCCUUCAACACAGCCGUGAAGAUCUCCACCGGCUGCAGUGGCAUCCUCAUUUCCCCCAGGCACGUGCUGACAGCUGCCCACUGUCUGCACAACGGGAAGGACUAUGUCAAGGGCAGCAAAAGACUGAGGGUGGGCCUGAUGAAGACGAAAUCCAGAGGUGAUGGCAGGAAACGCAAAGGGGCUAAAAGAAGCAGGAGAGAAGUUUCUGCAGCCCAAGAGGAGCCCGAAGGUGCCACAGAACUAAGGCGACGGUCCAGAGGUGGUGGGAGAAAGCAGAGGAGAUCUGGGAGGAAGCAGGAGACCUCAGAUGGCAUGCCUUCCUUCCAGUGGACCAGGGUGAAGAGUACCCACAUCCCCAAAGGCUGGUUUAAGGGUGUUUCUGGGGAUAUCGCCCUGGAUUAUGAUUAUGCUGUUCUUGAGCUCAAGCGUCCCCACAAAAGGAAAUACAUGGAGCUGGGAAUCAGCCCGACAAUCAAAAUGAUGCCUGGGAGCAUGAUCCACUUCUCAGGUUUUGACAAUGACCGAUCUGGGCAGCUGGUCUAUAGGUUUUGUAGCAUUUCUGAUGAGUCCAAUGAUCUCUUCUAUCAGUAUUGCGACGCUGAGCCCGGCUCCACUGGAUCCGGCGUCUAUCUCCGUUUGAAGGAGCCAAACAAGAAGAAAUGGAAGCGCAAGAUCAUUGCUGUCUACUCAGGCCACCAAUGGGUGGACGUCAACGGUGAACAGCAGGAUUAUAAUGUAGCAGUAAGAAUCACUCCUCUCAAAUAUGCCCAGAUUUGCUUCUGGAUACACGGGAACGAUGAGAAUUGCACGCAAGGCUGAAGAGAGCUGCCCCUGACUCACUUAGCACCCCUAUCACCGCGGAGCGAAGGUCUGCCGAAGAUCUGCUGGAAGAACAUCGCUCCACAUCAGGACGUUUUUCCAACUCAAGGCUCCCAAGUAACGUUAGGGUGACUCGAGGAACGCUGAAUUGCUGGGGGAUGGGUAGCAUUGUCAAACAAGGCAUUUCUAAUUCUAAUCAACCCUAGGUAUGCACUUAAAAUCCCCAACUCUAUUUAUGUUUGCAAUUGUGAUAAAUUCAAAUUAUUCAUAUCAGAAAAAAAAAAAAAAAGAAGAAUGACUACACCUGUUUGACUUUUUUUUUUCCAAGGGAAGGAUUGAAACAUCUCAAACCGUUAUUAUUAAACAGUAUCUAUUUUUCCAAUGGAUUUGCUUUUCUCAGGGUUCUGUUCCACUUCUUCAAAUGCAAGUUGUGCGUACAGCGCAUUACUGUAUGCACAGAAUGAUCCAGAGAACUGCUUGAGACCAAGACAUUAUUUUGGCAUUCUCUAAGGACCACAGCUCCACGUUGAGAAGCAGCAGUCUAGUUCGUGCUCAUCAGUCUGGAAAACUUCCUCCUCUGGUUGCUGCAGGAACACCUCCAUGGAAAUCCCAAAUUUCUGUAGCUGGGGCUUAGAGCUUAAAGACCAGUUUCACUUCAUAGCUCAGUAAAAACAGCAAAAAGAAAUUAAUGAACAGAGAAGUUUCCAUGUUUGGAAGAAGAAGAAACAUCAGGACAUAAUUUAAUGCCUUUAAAUCUUCUUUGAGAAGCUAUAGAAGUCUUAAACACAUGCAUUUGCAUUCCAGUUAGUAUUUGGACAGCUGUAGGUUUAGUUUCUAGUCAAAUGUUUAGCUUAACCAUUGGGAGAAGUCACUGACUUCUGAAGUGGCUAUUUGACAAUCAUUUAGAGCUUCACAGACGAUAGAUUUUUUUGGGUGCUAACAAAUUUUUGCAGUUUUUAUAAAUUACUUUUAUACGAGCUCAGCUUCGUAGAUAGGACAGUAUGUAUUAGACUGGGAGAUGGAAAGCAGUAUUUUAGUUUGGCUUCUUACAGUUUUGCAAACUGGGUAGUUUUAAUCCUGUCAUAUUCAGACUCCAGCUCAACAUGAGUUAUAAGGUUAAACUAAAAAUUUCUCCCAACUAAAUGAUACCACCUUCUGAAUGGUAGAAGUACUAUCCUGUGCCUUAUUACAGAUAUCUUGUUAGGUAGCAGCAGUAGUUCUCAAGUAAUUUGGUUCAAUAUGUUUGCUGAACCAUAUAUUUAAUGAAAACACAAAGCGAGCUUGACUUUUACACACCUUUAAACACAAAUCACCUUUUUUAAAAAUUGUUGAUUGCUACACAAGUUUAUAUAUUUUAUUUUAUAUCAAGAUUUUGAAGCACACAGGAUUGUUACGGUGCAACGUUAAUCUAAUAACAUAAAAUGAUACUGUAUAUUUCCAGUCAUACCCUUUGAGUUUCAAUACUUUUAAGAUCAUUCACUACCAAAAUAUUUCAUUUUUUGAUCAUAAGUUUAUGCUGACCAAAAUACAUUUUCUUCCUGUGCAGAAGAAAAAAAACAACAAGAUUUUAAAAAACUAUUUGUUGGUAUCUUUAAAAUAUGCUUGUAGUAUCUUUUGAUGAAAUAAGAUCAUUUCUAAUAACCCACUUUUUUGUAGAUGAUUGAAAGUAUAAAACCUGACACUUUGAAUGUGCAGGCAACUUUCUUUGUCAUAUUAUUGCCAAAGCAUAAAAAUUUAAGACUUGCUUACAUACUAUAACUCUAACAAUAGUUCAUUAAUUGGAAGAGAUCUCACUCUAAAAGAAAACUAUUUCUUUUAACGUCAGCCUUUCCAGGGAACACUUAACUUUUUUAUUAUUGUUAUUUUGUGUGAUUGUUUGCAGAAAACUAAUAAUAAUUUUUAAAGUUUAGAAAUUAAUGUCUAAGAUUUUAAGGUUAAUUAUUUUUUAUUGUUGUUAACAUCUCUAUUAAGACGUAUGGCUUUGCUGACAGUAAUUCUAAAUCCCCUCACUCCAGUAUUUAAUACUCUCGCUCUAUGCAAUGGGCCUACAAUAUUCUUUAGUUGGCUCUCUAAUGUUUUUCUUAAGUGCCUUUUUUCCAUAGUUACUGUGAUAAAUAAGGUGCCACAUCAGUAACCCAAUACCAGCCAGCCUAGGUCUAUGGAUUCUCUUACAAUUGUUCUCACUGUUGAUUUGGGUCCAAAACCGAUCAAGAUAAGGUGUCUUAGUAAAUUCCUUGUUUCAGUGAGUCUUAUUUACGUGUUCUCCUUAGGAGCAGAAAUAUAAUCUAUUUUCUUUAUUAGUCUGGGAAUCAGGGACAAGGUAAGAAUGAAAAAUGUCGAUGUUGGCUUUCAAAUGGUCUUCUUGUAAUAGUCAUCUGCUAUAAAUACCUCAGCCACAACCUGAAGUUCUCAUACCAGGCUGACAACAAAUGUUUAUCCUCAGAGGAUAAAUACGAGAUGCUCAGUGCCUCAUUUUAUGGUACUAAGAGAUUAAAGAGGCUGCCCAGAGCAACAGGAAAAUUAAUCAAAAUUAAAAAAAAUAUAUAUACACACACUCAAGCCUCUGUGCCUGGGUGCACGUGCACAAACACAUGCAAAUAUACGGGUUUGUAGAGCGUGUGCCAUUUUGACUGGGUCAGGGCCUUCAGGCAAAGGAAUGCAGGCACAAGAAGAUGUGGAUAAAAUGCUAUUCCUGUUGUAUCUGCAUGUCAGGCAGCGUUUCAGCCUGUCACUUGGCCUAAUAGAGAAGGACAUGCCUUAUGUAGGCAUCAUGACUCCAGGGACUUCUGAAAGAGUUCAUAAAUCAAGUUCUUACGCACAACCCCGGGAGGUCAAUGUCCCACGCAGAGCUUUUGGUACCAACCAGUACAAAUGGGACAAGAAUUUCUGAGUUGUGUUCAUCUCAGAUUUCCUCAAAAAACCCCUGCAUUUCGUGUCUAGUUAUCAAUGAGAAAAUACGAGAUCGGAUCUGCCGUUCUCUAGGACAGCAGCAUCAAGGCUGGGUUCCCAACCCAGAAGGGUACAGAGCCCUUGGGAUGUUUCCCCAAAGGAUUUUUCCCUCUUUUAAGUACCAGGCUGUACAUCCCUUCUUUUCCUCAGUACUAAUACUUUUCUGUAAGAGAUGCUAUGGUAGAUCAUUUUCCUUAACUGUAUUCCUGGCUUUAGGAAAGACAAACUCAGUCAAAUCCCUU